CAUGCCACUACAACAACAAUGGCUCAUCUAGUGCCAUCCAAAUGGUUCUCUAACAAGUCUUUGAAGCUAAGCCUCCCUCGCCGUCGCCGCAAACCAUCCGAAGUGCCGACCCCGCCCGUGUCCCCACCCAAGGUGAAGGAUAACGGUCGGGCCCGUGAGUUCCAUGAAGCUUUUCGGUACUUUGAUGGGAACGGCGAUGGGAAGAUCUCUAGCGAGGAACUGAUGGCGUUCUUCGCAUCGAUGGGUGACCACAUAUCGAGUGAUGAAGCCAUUGGAAUCAUCAGUGAUCAUGAUACGGAUGGCGAUAACUUGAUGGACUUGCAAGAUUUCAUGAGGCUCAUGGAGAGGGACCAUGGGGAUGAUGAUCUGAGGAGGGCGUUCGAGAUGUUCGAGGUCGAUAAGGGGUCUGGGUGCAUCACGCCCAAUGGGCUGCACCGGAUGUUUAACCGCUUGGGCAACCACCGGUCACAUGAAGAGUGUGAGGCCAUGAUUCGGGUUUUCGAUCUUGACGGCAACGGCGUGGUCGAUUUCCAUGAGUUUCGCAGGAUGAUGACUUGAUGUGUGCACAUGCAUGUUACGUAGAUGAACGCCCCAUGGCAUUAUAAGUCCAAUUUACUAAGGUGGGCCCACUUGAAUUUGGGUCCAUUUCCUAAGGUGGGCCUACUUGAUGUGAUCACUUUGCUCAAAAGCAAGGAGUGCUUUGUUUUAGCUUUCUUUUAUUUGUACGGAAAAGAUCUCAAAACAUGUAGAAUAGAACUCUCUCUCU